GUAAUUCCGAAGCAUAAGUUUGUCCUUGUGAAGUUUGACACGCAAUAUCCUUAUGGCGAGAAACAAGAUGAGUUUAAAAAGCUGGCAGAGAGCUCAGGCUCUAGUGACGAUCUUCUGGUGGCUGAAGUGGGGAUAUCAGAUUAUGGUGAUAAACUGAACACUGAGCUGGGAGAGAAGUACAAGCUGGAUAAGGAAAAGUUUCCUUAUUUUUACUUGUUCCAGGAUGGUAACUUUGACAAUCCCUUACCUUACAGCGGCCAAAUCAAGGCCGGGGCUAUUCAGCGCUGGCUGAAGAGUAACGGCAUCUAUCUGGGGAUGCCAGGCUGCCUGAAAGAGUACGACAUGCUGGCCAGCAAGUUUGUGAGCACCACUGAGAAAUCAGAACGCCAGUCCCUCCUGAAAAAGGGGCAAGAGAGUUUACAAAAAACGAAAGAAACCGAGAAGAAGUCAGCUGAGCAAUACUUGAAAAUUAUGAGCAAGAUACUGGAGCAGGGCGAAGAGUUUGCUGCUAAUGAAGUCGUCCGAAUCACAAAAUUGAUUGAGAAGAACAAAAUGAGUGACGGAAAAAAGGAAGAGCUCCAGAAAAGCCUCAAUAUCCUUGCUUCUUUCCUGAAGAAGAAUAAUGACAAAGAUGAGCUCUAAUAUGUUGGAAAACUUUGUACAAGCUGUGAAACACUGUCAAGAGUCUAACCAGUUCUCCUUAUGCAAGCAAACUUCCCGCUACCUUCAAGAGAGCAGCAGAUUUCCUUCUGGUAUUCUCAGUUUAGAAGAUCAAGAGGAAGACGUUCCUUAAAAACAUGGUAUUCUAAAUGUUGGGAAAAUCACCUUAAAGCAAGACACCAGUAUUGUGUAAUACUAUCCAAUAACAGUGUUAAAAUAGAC